AAGCGAUUGGCGAGUGUCUUCGUCAUCGCGACUCGCGAGUCGCGAGCAGGAUUUUACAAGUUUAAUUCAGUGGGACUAUCGAAAUUAUGUUGAAUUUGAAGUGAAUAAUAGUAUUGGUGAUGUUGACCUUAGGGUUAUCGUUAUUUCGCAAAAAAACUGUAAAAGAACAUACGUUUACUGUAGUAAUCCGUCAAAAAUCGAGAAAGCUUCAAACGUGUUUGAAGCUUUCGGUUUCGGAUUAAUGGAACUAUGAACCUGGACCCUUUAACGUUUAGCUUAUCACAAAUAAAUUAUCUCGUUGUAAAUUUAAAUAAGAAGAACUUCAAGCAGACAAGCCAAGAAUUGACUCAGAUUGUCAACAUCCACGGUUUGGAAGCGGAAAAUCAACUUCUGAAGUGCUUGCUUGCGGAGGCGGCGAAGACAUCGUGGGAGAACGAUCGUCCUGGCACUACUAACAGUGUGCACGCGCAGCUCUUGGCUCAACACAUCGGUACACUCCUCAACCAUCCAGCAAAGGCGACGGUUAUCUGUCGCGUCGUCGACCAACCCACCCGGGCUGUUCAGAAGACUCUCAAACCCACCAAUACACUAUUGACUCGACUCACUCGGCUAUUGAAGUUGACCACUGCACAAGAUGUCGCCUUCACACUUGUGCUGAGGAAGGCCUCGACAAAGCCCGAUAUUGUGACACUAGCGAAACAACACUUGAAGAAACGAUUUCUCGACUUCGUACAGUGCUAUCUCGACGCAGAGCGUGGACACCAGGCGGAGCGCGCAGGUCUUCAGGAAUGCAGCCCUGAAGUUUUGCAAACCCUCUUGACAAGUCUCGCGCACGAGAAUUUUCGACUCGCACCCGUCACAAAAGACUUAUUUCUAAAGCGACUGCGAGUCGACUUUCCCAGGGAGGUGGUACCCAUAGUACUAGCUCCACUCCUGUAUCCUGACGACUCUCAAACACCACUCGAGGAAAUGACAACAUCGGACGAUAUGUCGGCCGCAAUGAUGGACAACUCGUUGGCGGAUAUCAUCCGGGACAUCGGAUAUGCGUUCACCGCGUCAGUGGAAGAUUGCAAGAACAACAUGCUAAACUUUGGUGCCAGAGAGCCAACGGCGAUAGACGUUGCGCGGAUUAUUUCGAUGAUGGUGAGAUAUCACGCCACUUUACCGGAUGGCCCCCAGAUGCAAACGCCCGGCAACUUCUGGAUGAACCACGAAACGAAGAAGGAACCGACUGCCCAUGGGCAUUCUGAGACGUGGAACGCCGAAGUGUUCGUACAGACUCUAAAGGACUUGGCGGCGAGUUUAAAUUGGAAGGAGGUUAUUUUACAACUCGAUCAUCCCGAGUUUAUAGUACCCGACAGACAAGGCCUAAGUUUACUCUUCACGAUACUACGGUUAGGUCUUCAGAGCGCUGGAUAUCCGGCCAAUAUUUUUCCAGUAGAAUAUUUAUGUCGACGGUGGACCAAUUUAGACGGGCAGAUGAGCCUAAUAUCGAACAUACUGAAACAUCCCGACAUUUUCAGUUUCGCGGACCAUCCCUUCCAUCCUGUGUCGAUAGAUUUACUAAAAUCACCUCCUGAAUCUGACAACAAGGAAAUUGCUACUUGGCGCUGUUUGUAUCUAGUGGAGCUACUGAUUUUUGCUUCAGAGCGAGGAUACUACAUGCAAGUUCACGAGCUCCUAAAGUUUCCACUGCAGCACUGUCCCGAUAUACUAUUACUAGCUUUAUUGCAAAUAAAUCCACCAAUAACGGUUUUCAGACAAGAACUAUUGACCACAUUAAUACCGAUAUUUCUAGGAAAUCAUCCCAACUCAGGUAUAAUUCUCCAACACGCGUGGCAUACGCAAAAUCCGAAUAUAAAACCAAUAAUCAUGCACGCAAUGGCAGACUGGUAUAUUCGCGGAGAGUGCGAUCAAUCCAAACUUUCUAGGAUUUUGGAUGUGGCCCAAGACCUGAAAGCUUUAUCUCUUCUGCUAAAUGUACAGUCGUUUCCUUUCGUCAUUGACUUGGCGUGCCUAGCCUCUCGUAGGGAGUAUCUCAAGCUUGACAAAUGGCUAACCGACAAGAUAAGGGAUCACGGAGAAACAUUCGUUUCGGCAAUGGUUAAGUUCUUACAGAGACGUUGUCCGCCUGUGCUCGGAAAAGUACCCGAAGAACCAUUGCCCAAAGCGGCCCAACUACCUCCAGAAACAGUGGCCACCAUGCUUACAUGUCUGCAGCUGUGUAUACCAAACGUGCAGCAGGAAUUACAGGAAGCGAUUUACAACGUGAUCGCUACUUGCCAGACUAUGAUGCUGAAUAAGACGAGACAGACUGGUAUCGCUGGUAUCGCGCGGCCUCACACCAGAGUACUAGAAACGCCGUUCAACCCGGCUGGCUUAGGAGGACAACUCUUCACUCCACACGUCGACACUUGCCUCGCUACGUUGACGCCAAACGUGGCAAACAUGACCUUAGGAGCACCAGCAAAUACAGCCUUUGCCAUGCCCGGUACGUUGGGUCCCUUAGUUGCAGCACCCGGGUCGCCUUCGCGGCUAAUGGGCGCCGGUCCCAAUAGUCCAUUUAUGAUGCCGAUGCCACACACCGCUAACGUGGCGACGAUGGGGGCGCUAGCCCGAAUGCCCCCAGCGCCAACCAUGGACAAGCCACGACUACCCGAUCCGAUACAUUUCCCAGAGAUGAUGCACAACGUCUCCAAAGAGAUCGAAGACGAAGCCAAUGGCUACUUCCAAAGAAUCUACAACCAUCCACCUCAUCCGACGCUUUCUAUAGAUGAGGUGCUAGACAUGCUGAAGAAGUUUCAAGACUCGCCCAACAAGAGGGAACGGGAAGUCUUUACGUGUAUGCUACGGAAUCUUUUCGAGGAAUACAAAUUCUUUCCUCAGUAUCCCGACAAGGAACUACACACCACUGCACAGUUGUUCGGUGGUAUCAUUGAGAAAGGACUCGUACCAAGCUACGUCUCUCUUGGACUUGCGCUAAGGUUUGUCCUGGACGCACUGAGAAAACCAGAGGGAUCUAAAAUGUACUACUUCGGCAUUGCAGCUCUCGACAGAUUUAAAUCUCGCUUGAAGGACUAUCACAAGUAUUGUGAGCACGUGAGAGCGAUACCACAUUUCAAUGAGUUCCCACCUCAUUUGAUCGAAUACAUAGAAUAUGGUUUGCAAAGCCAGGAGCCACCGACGAAGCCACAGGGUGCAGUUCUACCAGCCAGCCUUGCAGCGCUAUUGAAUCAGAAUACCAUUGUGACUGUUUCGGCGCCAUACAGGGCGGUUGUAUGCACGCCUAGUGCUAUAUCUGUGAUAUCAAAAGUUGCCAACUGUGCAGCCGGUGGAAUCGGAAGUAGGCCUUCCAUUGCCAACGCUACCAAUAUUGAUACGCUUCUUACUGCCACCGACAGGGAGGAGAAAAUCAAUGCACCACCCGAAGCUAUACAAGACAAAACUGCCUUCAUAUUCAACAACCUCAGUCAGCUAAAUCUACAACCCAAAUGCGAGGAACUGAAAGAAAUCAUAACGGACGAAUACUUCCCUUGGCUCUCGCAAUAUCUCGUCAUGAAACGAGCAUCUAUCGAGCUCAAUUUUCACGCUCUGUACUCAAACUUCUUGGACGUUCUCAAAAUUCGUGAAGUCAACAAAAUGGUCACAAAAGAAACGUACCGAAAUAUCAAGGUACUGCUGCGAUCUGAUAAAGGAAUCGCCAAUUUCUCUGACCGCUCCCUCCUGAAGAAUCUUGGACACUGGUUGGGAAUGCUCACUUUAGCCCGCAAUAAACCAAUCCUCCAUGUCGAUAUCGAUCUCAAAGCACUUCUACUUGAAGCUUAUCACAAAGGACAACAGGAACUUUUAUACGUGGUGCCGUUUGUUGCGAAGGUCUUGGAAAGUUGUGCCAAGAGCGUCGUAUUCAAGCCACCGAAUCCCUGGACCAUGGGAUUGAUGAAUGCACUCGCCGAAUUACAUCAAGAGCCCGAUUUGAAACUAAAUCUCAAGUUUGAGAUAGAAGUACUUUGUAAAAACUUGUCUCUAGAUAUAAGUGAUCUCAAACCAUCAAUAUAUCUGAAAGAUCCGGAAAAACUAAGGUCAAUAGAAUUCCAGCUAUCCCAGCCGAAGCCGAGCAAGGAAGCGGCCACCAAUGUUAUACCAAUCAACCAGGCAAUAGUGCAAGCUCCUCCGCCGAUGCAGAUGAUGCCUCCACAACAACCGAUGAUUCCAACUGAAGAAAUGUCAGUGACUGCCCCGACUCCGACUAGUGGCCUGGUAGCCAACGACCCGAGCCUGAUGGGCGUGAUCGGGCUACCGGAACCCAGAUUCAACUACCUAGACGUGAAUGUUUCAUCCACUUCCGCUUUCGGACAAAAGAUAUGCUUCAAUCCGCAUAUCCUGCUGUUCCAGACAUAUCCCAAUCUGAAACAGUUUGUCAAACCAGCAAUUGAGAGAUCGAUUCAAGAAUGGAUUCAUCCAGUUGUGGAUAGGUCUAUCAAGUACGCUUUGACCACCUGCGAACAGAUCAUAAGAAAGGACUUCUCCUUUGACCCCGAUGAAGUGAGAAUGAGGACAUGCGCUCAUCACAUGAUGCGGAACCUCACCGCUGGGAUGGCAAUGAUCACCUGCCGCGAACAAAUCAUAAGCACCAUCAGCGCCAACCUGAAGGCUGCUUUCGUCACUGCAUUGAUACCAGCCACAGCACAACAAGACGCAAUUGAUAGUGCCGCGGCAGUUCUGGCGACAGAGAACAUGGAACUGGCUUGUGCAUUCAUCCAAAAGACUGCCGUCGAGAAGGCCCUACCCGAACUCGACAAGAGGCUAAUGAACGAUUACGAAAUGCGAAAAAUUGCUAGACAGGAAGGACGUAGAUACUACGAUCCCAUGGUGUUGACAUACCAGACAGAAAGGAUACCCGAACGCGUACGCCUGCGCGUAGGUGGCCCCACUGAUAUACAAAUUGCUGUUUACGAGGAAUUUGCAUGCAAUAUUCCUGGAUUCAUGCCUGUUCGUGAUGCUGGUAUGUUUAUACCGAAACCCGCCGCUCAAGAACAAAUACCACAAAUGACUUACAGCCAAGUCAUGAACCCUACACAGGUGUAUGGCACAGACGAAAUGGGUGCAUUGAUAACUGCUGCGGAGUUGUUCCUAGCUAAUACUCUGUCUGUGCCGGCUUUCGCUGUGCAGGCAACGAAUAUGCAUACCCUGCUCGAAUGUCUGAUUAUUGCGAGACGACAGAGAGAUAUCGUUUCCGGUCUGACGCUGUUGCAGAGAGCUGUGGAAGGUCUACUCGAUGGCCACAUGGUCCAGUCUGGCAUCAACACUGAACACGUAGACAUGAUGACAAGAUACAGAGACAUACAUCUACGGGUGCUGAAACUUCUAGAAGACAACAGAGUUUACGGCCAUGUAUGGACCACGAAACAGAUCACCAGCGUUGUCAUUGAAUGCCGAGAUGAACUCAAAUACAACUUGGAAGGUGUUGACUGCCUGAUUAGAAACCAUCUGAUCAAUUUACCACAGUACGACCUGGCACUAGCCCAUCUUAUGGACGGCGGUAACAACUACGUAGCGGUGGCAUUCGCGAUGCAACUGCUCCAACUGUACCUCGUCGAUGACAGAACUAACACAUACGCUACAGAGUCCGACCUGUACCAUACCACGGAGACUCUGAUAAGGAUGACCACCCACGGCCGUCAGCCGCCGCCAGAGGGCCUGGCGACGCUUAUUGAGACAAUAAGGAUCAACCAGGACCCCAGCACCUAUCUUGGCGAACGAUCACCUUUAGGCCCUACUGCGCAUAUCCAUAACGGCAUCUUGCAAGUUCGGGCCCGCGAUUACGACGACCCACCCGGUCUCCAGGAGAAAAUCGAGACGUUAUUCCGCGAAUGGCGUGCGAUUCUCAUGGGACAGCUCACAGAGGUGGAAGUUGGACAGAACUUCAAUAUGUACGUCCACAGAAUGAAUAUCAACGGGAUGCUGAAAUCAGACGACAUGGUGGGACGAUUCUUCAGAAUCGCGACCCAGAUGUGCAUAGAGAAUGUGUACCAGCAGCUCAACGAGGACAGAGUGAACCCACCACCUGUGCCUCUGAAGAGGGAGAAGUAUUAUUCCAUGUGCGAUUCCUUCAUCAAACUCGUGUCGCUACUAAUCAAGAACACGUCCGACGCUGGAAACCCCACGCCCAAGCUGAAUCUGUUGAAUAAGAUGCUGGGUAUAAUCGCGGGUUGCUUACUCCAAGACCACGAAGACCACGGCGCCAACUUCCAGCAGCUGCCUUACCAUCGUCUUUUACUUAUCCUCUUCUUGGACAUGAAUAUGGCGGAACCUGUCUUAGAAUCUAUGAACUAUCAGGUUCUGACAGCAUUUUGCCACACGCUUCGUAUCAUCCGACCCAGUGUGGCGCCAGGCUUCUGCUACGCCUGGCUUGAGCUGGUCGCCCAUCGCGCCUUCAUCAACCGGGUAUUAGCCGUUACGCCGCAACAGAAGGGUUGGGGAAUGUACUCCACUCUGCUCAUUGAUCUCUUCAAGUUCCUAGAUCCAUUCCUAAGGAACACCGAACUGGCGUCGCCAGUGAUGAUGCUUUACAAAGGCACAUUGAAAGUGCUGCUGGUGUUGCUUCACGACUUCCCAGAAUUCCUCUGCGACUACCACUACGGCUUCUGUGAUGAGAUACCACCGAAUUGUAUUCAAAUGAGGAAUCUUAUUCUGUCGGCUUUCCCGCGUAACAUGCGUCUGCCGGAUCCUUUUACGCCCAAUCUGAAGGUGGAUUUGCUUGCUGAGAUCGCUCUGCCGCCGCGCGCGAUUAUCAACUACGCGACUUUGAUACCGGCGUCGCAGUUUAAGAAGGAUUUGGAUGCGUAUCUGAAGGCAAGAGCGCCCGUCACGUUCCUUUCUGAGCUACGUAGCAAUAUGCAGGUGCUAAACGAUCCCGGCAGGAGGUACAACAGCCAGCUAAUGAAUGCCGUGGUUCUAUACGUGGGGACGCAGGCGAUAGCUCACAUCAGGUCGAAGGGCCAAACGCCAAACAUGACCACCAUAGCCCACUCCGCUCAUAUGGACAUCUUCCAGAACUUUACCGUUGACUUUGACUUUGAAGGACGGUAUCUCUUCCUCAACGCUAUUGCGAAUCAGCUCCGCUACCCGAACAGCCACACUCACUACUUCAGCUGCUGUCUCCUCUACCUCUUCGCCGAGGCUAACUCCGAGGCAGUCCAGGAACAGAUCACAAGGAUGCUGUUGGAGCGACUCAUCGUGAAUAGACCACACCCCUGGGGUCUCCUGAUCACGUUCAUUGAGCUCAUCAAGAAUCCCAUCUACAAGUUUUGGACGCAUGAGUUCGUGCAUUGCGCCCCUGAGAUUGAGAAAUUGUUCGCGUCAGUGGCUCGUUCGUGCAUCGCCGAUAAGCCGGUAGGCGGCGGCAGCGAGCGCGAGAUGGUUGAGUAGCGUCGAGCCCAAUGGGAGUCGCUCCGGCAACAGCAGUUGUUCAACAGCUUUGUCGCGAAAGGUACCAACGCUUCCAAGAGGCGUCGCAGAGCAGUGCGUCGCAGCCGCAACCGUCGACUUCCCAGCCACAACAGCCGCAGAAGCAAGUUCUACAAUGGAAUAAAUUGUUCAAAAAGUAACCGAUACUGUGGCUGCACCAGGUGGCUUUGCAUACAGACUCAUACAACAAUAUGUCAGGAUCAAAAAUGUUUCGAGUGAGAAUCACAAGUGAUUAAUUUAUGACCUUACAGGGCCUUGUCGAUAAAAAUAUUUACUUUUCGAUGAUGUGGAUGCCUUUGUCUGUCUUCAACAUAUGAGAUAUAGACAGCAACGUCACCUCGGGAGUUAAUAUCUUUAUUGAUAGGGGAAAGUUGUUCAAGUACUUUUGAAUGUAUUCAAUUCAACUGUUUAUACUUUGUGAUACAGAUUUGUAUUUUAUUUGUAUAUUCGUCUGAGCAUUGGACUGGUAUUAAAGAUAUGUAAAUACUCUGUUUAAUUACUUGUGUUGAUUAUAAGACUUUAAUUGUUAAUCAGAAUAAAGUCACUGUUUGAUUAGUUUAUCACAUGGCACGCCUUAUUUAAAAUCUCUUUAACUUGAUUUUCAUGUUCCUAUUUAGUAUCAAUUUCCAAUGUUAAAAUUAAUAUCCAAUUAUGAUUAGUUUUACAUCAGCACAUAUUAGCCAGUCCUGUAUUAUUAAUCGGUUUCUUUAAUUAUAAUUUUUUACUGUUGUAUAGUUAUGUCGAUACUGGAUUUUGUGAUGUCACCAAUGUUCAUAUAAUGUAUUAAAAGUGACGUUUGAAUUCAAGUAUUGUAAGUGUAUGCUAUAGUCAGUUGUUGGCAAGACGUGGCUCUACGAUGUUAAUUGGUCGUGCAUAGGUUUAAUGAUUAGGUGUUCGACCGGAAGUUGUCGAGUCUCCGCACAUCCAUAGCUCUGUCUAAACUCUAAACACUACGCCAAAGUCACUCGAUUGAAGUUUUGAAUUAACGUCACAAUGCCGGAGUUUAUUUUGAUUUUCCAUCGGGCGUAAUUGAACGUAUUUUGUAAAGUAAGUGGCGUGUGAUAUAAGAAAUUUCGAAAAUAAAGUAUAACUUCUGUCGCGUUACUUCUGCGUAGUCUUGAGACUAAAGGUCUACUCACACUAGUCAGGCGACUACCCUUUGUGCCCUCCCACCGUCGAGCUGCAUACGACGAGUCAGCGGGCACACAGGCUAUAAGUUAAGUCCAAGACCGCUCAAUGAAAUCAGUUAGUAUAUGUACUGUAUGAAUUAAAAUAAUUUUAACUAGAUGGCGUCAGUGUUUCAAUGUGCGUUCUCUUAUCCUCUCAGGGAGUGACCACUUACAAGUGCAUCAUAAGAGGCAAGUUAAGCAACAAUUAUUCUUAGGUGUCUAUAAUAAUUAGUGAUAAUUUAAAGUAAUAUUUUAUUGUAGUAAUUAAUUCUAUGCGGUGUGUCUUUACCGACAAUAAAGCCUACGUUUUGAUAACAACUCUUAUUUUCAUCAUUCGUGCAGGGGCGGAUUUAGUGUACGAGGUUAUCGCGUUUUCAUUUUUGUUUAAUUUUGGAUGAAGAAAUUUGUAAGUAUAAAGUAUUUAGUUAGAAUACCUAAAUCCGUGCCUGUUUAUCAUCUGUUUUUUUCUUAUGUCCUCCGGACAAUCUAGUAGUUCUUCAUUAGUCUGCCAUAAUGCCGCUUGUUCUAUUUAAUGUGCAAUAGUCCGACAUCCUCAAGUAUAAUUUUUGCGGUGCCUAAACUGCGAGACGAGUGACAGAUCUUCAUAUUAAAGGUUAAAAUUGUAUUGUAACAAUAACGUCACUUUAAAACAUUUUAACUUUUUCUUUAGUAUAAAUUUAAUGACUCGUUUCGUGUCCGCAUAUUGCCCAUGCGCCAAUAGCAUCUCUCGAAUAAAAUUAUACUUGAGUUGAUGCUCAGGUACGAAGAAUAGUACCAUGUAAUACUUGUGUAUACUGUGUCGGAGUAUCGACGCAUCGCUUCUGUAAAGAUUUAGUUUAUAAUUUAAGUAUUAACGGAGUAAGUCUAAACUUGUAGGCUAGGAGCAAAUUGAGCCAGGUACUCCAAUUUUUUAACUUUUAUUUGUGUUGUAAUAAAUAUUU